GGGACAGACUGCUGGACUUAAGUCUACAAAAUUCAACUAAAACAUCCCACUCUCUGCACCGCUGCUUCUGUGUCACAAUAACAGGAACCCACCUCUCUGACUGGCUGUUCUAUGUUCUGUGCGAUGAUGCUUAAAGACAAAAGUGUUCAUCUUUUCUUCAGAGGAUGUUGACGGGAUCUUUCUGGGGUGUAUUUUCCGUAUUGUGAGGAAUAUUUUUCAGACGCCUUUUCACUGAAUCGGAGAAAAAUUAUUGGUGGCUACCUUUCCCCUGGAUGGUACAAAGUGACGACCUUUUGAAAAGCAUCAUUGGGAAUCACGACCAUCGUCUCCUCUGGAGUUACCCACUCUCUUAUUCUUGUGUGUCACUGGGGUUUUAAUGUGUUUGCAGCUACAGGGCAUCAGUGAGAAAUAGAGAAAACAUUUUUUAAUCUAUCAAAGACAAAAGAGGACACAACAAACGAGUAGCAGCAGCCAUGUCCCGGUGGAGGAACCAUUUAAAGAUUUGGUCUGGACUCCUUCAAACCACCAAGAACAGGGGGUGGAAGACUAGAUGUGAGCACUUUGGAGGUUCAUUUGAUAUGGGCUGGUGGAUGUCCACACUAUUAUGGCUGGGGCUCUUGCUUCUGCAGACUUGUCCAUCUGCUGUGUUGGCUCAGAAACUGGAUGAGAACGAUCCGGUGGUUACGACUGCAUACGGCAAACUGCGUGGCAUCAAGAAGGAACUCAACAACGAGAUCCUCGGGCCUGUCGUCCAGUUUCUUGGUGUCCCGUAUGCUGCGCCGCCUACUGGUGAGCGUCGCUUUCAGCCUCCCGAGCCACCAGCGCCGUGGUCAGACAUCCGCAACACCACACACUUUGCCCCCGUGUGUCCUCAGACCAUUGUGGAGGGCCGCCUGCCAGAUGUGAUGCUGCCGGUGUGGUUUACCAAUAGCAUCGAUGUGGUUUCCACUUAUGUCCAGGAUCAGAGUGAGGACUGUCUUUAUCUUAACAUCUACGUUCCAACUGAGGAUGUCAAAAGAAUAUCCAAGGAAUGUGCCAGGAAACCGGGCAAGAAAAUAUGUAAACAAGGAGGUCCCCUUACAAAGAAACACACUGAUGAUUUAAGUGAUAGUGACCGCACGGACGAUGAAGACAUCAGAGAGAGUGGAAGCCCCAAGCCAGUGAUGGUUUUUAUCCACGGAGGCUCCUACAUGGAAGGAACUGGGAAUAUGUUUGACGGCAGCAUCCUGGCCAGCUACGGAAAUGUGAUUGUCAUAACGGUCAACUACCGCCUGGGCGUCCUAGGUUUCCUGAGUACGGGAGACCAAUCAGCCAAAGGGAAUUACGGCUUGUUGGAUCUAAUCCAGGCUCUGCGUUGGACCAGUGAGAACAUUGCAGCUUUCGGUGGCGAUCCAUUACGCAUCACCGUGUUUGGUUCGGGGGCUGGGGCUUCUUGUGUGAACCUCCUCACCCUGUCUCAUUACUCUGAGGGCAACCGUUGGAGCAACUCCACCAAAGGUUUGUUCCAGAGAGCCAUUGCUCAAAGUGGCACAGCUCUGUCCAGCUGGGCUGUCAGUUUUCAACCAGCCAAGUAUGCCCGCAUGCUGGCCCGUAAGGUGGGCUGUAACCUGGAGGACACCAUGGAACUUGUGGUCUGCCUACAGAGAAAACAUUACAAAGAACUUGUUGAUCAAGACAUCCAACCAGCCCGCUACCACAUUGCCUUUGGGCCAGUUAUAGAUGGAGAUGUUAUACCUGACGACCCUCAGAUACUGAUGGAGCAAGGUGAAUUCCUGAACUAUGAUAUAAUGUUAGGAGUGAACCAGGGCGAGGGCCUUAAAUUUGUGGAGCUUAUUGUUGACAAUGACAAUGGUGUCCAGGCCAACGACUUCGACUAUGCCGUGUCUGGCUUUGUUGAUGACCUCUACGGCUACCCAGAGGGUAAAGACAUCCUACGAGAGACUAUCAAGUUUAUGUACACGGACUGGGCUGACAGACACAACCCAGAGACCCGCAGGAAGACACUCCUGGCCCUUUUCACUGACCAUCAGUGGGUGGCACCUGCUAUCGCCACAGCUGAUCUACACUCCAGUUUUGGCUCACCAACCUACUUCUAUGCCUUCUACCAUCACUGUCAGACAGAACAGGUACCACCAUGGGCAGAUGCAGCGCAUGGAGAUGAGAUUCCGUAUGUGUUUGGGCUGCCGAUGAUUGGACCCACAGAACUGUUUCCAUGCAACUUCUCCAAGAAUGAUGUGAUGCUCAGUGCUGUGGUCAUGACCUACUGGACAAACUUUGCCAAAACAGGGGAUCCAAACCAACCUGUCCCACAGGACACAAAAUUCAUCCACACAAAGCCCAAUCGUUUUGAGGAAGUGGCAUGGACUCGCUACAACCAGAAAGACCAACUCUAUCUACACAUUGGCCUGAAACCUCGUGUCAAAGAGCAUUAUCGGGCCAACAAGGUCAACUUAUGGUUGGAGUUGGUUCCUCAUCUACAUAGUCUCAAUGAAGUCACACAGCCCAUCCCUACCACUACCAAGAUUCCUCCACCAGAGGCCAAUAACCGGACACCGAAAACCAACAUUCUGGUGACCAAGCGCCCUAAUCCAACUCCAUUUCCCACUGAGACUGAGGACAGUCACAACCAACCUCACUUGGUGGACCAGCGUGACUACUCCACAGAGCUGUCAGUAACUAUAGCUGUGGGAGCCUCCCUGCUUUUUCUCAAUAUUUUGGCUUUUGCUGCUCUUUACUAUAAAAAGGACAAGAGAAGGCACGAUGUCCAUAGGCGCUGUAGCCCCCAACGAAGUGCUGCCAACGAUCUGGCUCACACUCAGGAGGAGGAGAUCAUGUCCCUGCAGAUGAAGCAGCACUCGGAUCUGGACCGGGACUGCAGGGCAGUGGGAGACUCUCUGCAUCCACACGAUGUUGUCCUAAGGACUGCUUGCCCGCCAGACUACACCUUGGCCAUGAGACGCUCCCCAGAUGACAUCCCGCUUAUGACACCAAACACCAUAACUAUGAUCCCCAGCACCAUGGGAGGACUCACCUCACUUCACUCUUUUAACACCUACCCCAACAGCGGGCAGAACAACACCCUGCCUCAUGCGCACCCACACUCACAUUCCACCACCCGAGUAUAGCCCACUAAAUCAGCCAAGCAGGCCAGACUCUGAAAGCUGAGGCGAAAAGCUAACGAUGCUGCUGCAGCAGAGACCUGAGGCCAACUUCCCAACAAACACAAAUAUGUCUGGAGCUGAAACGCCAGCCUGGAGUUGCCAAACACCCAUGGAAUUACACUGGGAAUAUACCACACCCUGUUAAUACUAGAGGGAAUAUAGCAAAGGAUUUCAAAGACUUUGAACCAGAUGAUUAAAAAAAAUGUGUUUUUUUUUCUUUUUGUACAAAAGUUAAAGACACAAAAAUACACAUACAGAGUGGGGGCAGAACACGCUCCCACAAGCUAAAAGAGGAGGAUGUUUUUAUUAAUAUUUUUGUUCUGAUAUUGCAGCAAAACAAGGAACAGUAAAACACUUUUUCUCUCUAGCGACAGUUAUGGCCUUUGGGAUUUUUUUGACAAAUGACUGCUUGACAGUAUUAUCUAGAAGCAGAGCAGAGCAUCAGACACGCCUUGGAGGUGAGAAGAGGGGAGCACUUUGUAAAGGAAAGAAAAACAUAUUGUUUUCCUUUGGCAUUACUCUGCAGAAUACUCGGUUUGUAGGGCACAACGCUGAUGCUGUGCAAACCAAUUUAGGCAUGUCUAAACAUCAUAAAUGGAGGCUAUGUAAGAUAAGGCAAAAAGCAGCUGUUGAAAAGAGCAAAGGGAUUGCUGGAAAUCAAGAAAAAGAGACUACGUAUGCACAACAAAAACCAUUUUGAGAGUUUAAAAAUAACCUUGCAAAUACUUUUCAUCCAUUUAUUUUUUGAUUGGGAACAAUUUUAUUGUAUAGAACCUAUUUACAUAUCUAGAUCUAUACACUAAGCACCAAGGCUGUUAAAGCCCCCUUCUCUUGUGAGGGGUGUCCAUACUGCAAACCUGCCAGUUAAGACCAGGAGAAAGUAAGGAUGCACGGACUGGCUUUCUGGCAGUUCCAUCUUCAACACAGAGAGCUGAGGGACAAAGGAUAAUUGGGAUAUUUUAGCACGAUGCGCAUGACAAUUUAUCUGCUUGAUGGCUGCUCUGCUGAUUAUGUCAUUUAAUAAGAAUAAUUUUCACCUUGUCCCUUGCAUCGGAGAAAUUCAAGACACACUCCUUUAUUGGAUUACAGGAACACACACGCCCUUGCAGGACCAUGGGAAAUGCAGUCUGGGUUGUGGACGUACAGAGUGCUGGAUUUGGAAAGAGGAAAAUGGUGGGGUUUGGGAUUACGGUAGACCCUUCUUUCGUAACAUAAUAUAGCUUGAGUGGGCUGAGCAUAUAAGGACUAGUUUUGUACUCUGUGUGUUGGUACUACUUUUUGAUAGUGGUUAAAUCACAUUACAUUGUAUCAAUCAAACUCAUUGUACCUUCAGUUGAGAUCAAUGUUCUUUGCUGUUCUGCCUAUUGGAGCACUAGACCGUAACAAAGUAAUUACCUGCACUGUUUAUUCCAUUGCCCUCCCAACACUUUGUUUUUUCCCCUCCUUUCUUUGACUUGAAGGGGUGUUGACUGAAAAACACAGUGGAGCCAAGGUGGUAAGAAAAAAUGGAGGACGCAAUGUGUGAAAAAUGUGGUGGAAGCCAAAAUCUCCAGGUUAUGCAGAUUUCCUAAUGAUUUAUCCAACAAAACCAAGUUACACAAUGUCUAACUCGGUCCCUUCAGGAGUUUUUUGGGGUUUAUUUUGUAAUUGCUGCAACCUAAAACAUUCGAUUUUCCAGCAGCUUUAUUCAGAAAGUGGCAAUCAGAGUUGCAAUGUUUUGAAGCUUCAUCUUUUUUCAUUAACAUAGUCAGAACAAAUAAAUUUACAAAAGAAAAAUGUCUGCAAUUGAUCUAUGACUUGAAUUUAGAAUGAUAAACACUUUCCUCACUUCUGCUCACGUCGUAGUUUGGUUGACUAAAAUAAAACAUGCCCAGCUAGUGUUUUACUGUGGAAAAGCGCAACAAUUUUCAUUCCUUUCACUGCAAUGAAGAAAAACAGUUUUGUACCCAUUUUUCAUGUCAGGAUAUUGAGUUGCACAUAAAUUUAGUGGGAAUAUGUGAAGCAAAUGUGAUCUCCUGGCAUGUUUUUAUCUUGCAGGCUCAGAAUUGUGGAAGUGAAACUUAACAGGGAGAUGAGGUGAUAGGGCAAAUUUGCAGAAAGGUUUGCGGGAAUUGGUUGCAUUUGUGUUAAUGUAUGCAGUCAUUGCAGCUUCCUGGAGGGACUGAUGGGAGAUAAAAUCAGAGUACAGUCAAAUCACACAAGGUGGAAAUAUACAGCAGGUGGCUGAGUGGAACAGUUACAGUCAGGGUAUAAUUCCAUCAUUCACCUUUAUUUUCUUCACCUAGAUUUCAUCAUUACCCAUCAUUACACAAGGCCUUCUGCUUUUCUUCAUAGGCAUACAGUGUCAAAAUGUCUAUUGCUGGGAACUGUAGAAGUUCAUCUGCAAAAAGAAAACAGCUUAAAGGGUUCCCCCUUAUUUUUAGAAAUAUUUGUUCCCAUUACUCAUAGUAUAAUAAAUAGGGUUACUGUGCAGCUUUUGAAAGCAAGGAAAUUGAUUUGAGGUCUGGUUAUAACCAGACCAUAAUAACCAGGUCUGGUUAUUAAGAAAAUGAGAAAACAGUCUGUAAAACAGGACACAUUUUUUGGACUUUAUUUCCAAAAUGAUUUUUUAAAAAGUAAAACUGUUGAAAUGAGCAGGAUAUUAUUUAUGAUGCUAUGUAAAAGGAAGAACAUUAUCACUAUAAUGAAAACUUUGUUUAUCAACAACUAGAUUUACUAACUUUUAGAAAUUGAAAUAAAGAUAAUUCUUUGCUGUGCAA